CACACACACACACACACGGUCACAUUGCAGUGUGUGAAAAUGCUCUGGUGUGGAUUGUUCCUGGCCCUGUGGCUCAGCAGCGUGCCGCUCUCAGCUCUUCCUUCUACCAGUAUGAAGAUCACUCCGGCUCUGCCCCUGCAGCUCCCUGACUCGAGUCAGCCUGCGGUCUGUCCGCUCUUCUGGACCGAGUUCGAUGGUUUUUGUUACCGUUUCUUCCCCCUGAACCGCACGUGGGCCGAGGCCGACCUGUACUGUGCAGAGUUCUCCAACGGUCACCGGUCAGGAAAACUGUCCUCCAUACACAGCUGGGAGGAGAACGUGUUCGUGUACGAUCUGGUGAACAGCCGUGUGCCAGGGAUACCGACAGAUAUCUGGAUCGGCCUGCACGACCGGAGACAGGAGGGCACCAUGGAGUGGACGGACGGAACACCGUAUGAGUUCAACUACUGGGAUGGGAACCAACCGGAUGACGGAAUCCACCGGAUCUCUGAGGAGGAGGACUGUGUGGAGAUCUGGUACAGACAGAACAGCGCGCUCAGGUCCUGGAAUGACAACAGCUGUGACAAAGCCUUUCCGUUUGUGUGUAAAAUCCCCAUGCUGGAGCACUAACGUCCUGCACUGAGCUCAUUACUUACACACACACACACACACACACACACACACACACACACACUUGACUGCUGAGAGCAAUGUUCAUCUGGGCUUCAUUUAAACUUGUGACUCAUUUCAUCACACACACAGGCUUGCAUAAGUAUUCACCCCCUUGACCUUUUCCUGGUUGUGUCGUGUUGUAAUCUGGAGCUGAAAUGAAAUUAAUCAGGAUUUUAGGUCAUGAAUCAACACAAAACACCCCGUAAUACUGAAUCAGCAUCAUUUGUGAAAAUGAUUUCCAAAUAAAAACAAUUACAAUUUGCAUAAGGUUGCAUAAGUAUUCACCGCCUUUACUGUGAAACCCCUAAAUGAGUUCGUGUGAGAAAGGGGUCACCUCCAGAUUUCACACCAUGAAUUAAACAGAGUUGACAUGUAUGCAGUUAAAGUGCCACAUUCUCACAAUGUAAAUAAACCGGCUCCUGUUCCUUGAAGAACCCAGAGUUUGUUAGAGAACAUACCAAAACAACAGCAUCAUGAAGAUCAAAACAAGUCUGGGACAAAGUUCUGGUUUGGUUUUAAAACUUUGAACAUCUCAGAGAGUCACGUUUAAUCCUUUGUUGGAAAAAAAAACAGUGAAAAUGCAGCAAAACCAAGACCCAGCAACCAAGAAGCUGAGCAUAACACUCAUAACUAUGCUCCCACCACCAUGUUUCACAGUAAGGUGAUGAGCGGCGUUUGGCUUCUGUCAAACAUAACACUUUGUGCCGAAGACAGAAAGUUCAUUCUCUUCAGACCAGAUAACCUUUUUUUCUGAAACAGGAUUUCAUUUGGAUUUCUUUGGGGGGGGUCCAAUAAUGACUUUCUUUUUGUCAGUCUUCCAUGAAGUCCAGCGCUGUGGAGUGUCCAGCCUGUGGAUGUCCUGUGAACAGCUUCUCCCAUCUGAGCUGUGGAACUCCGUCUAAGUUACACCCUGAAAACACCAUCCCCACUGUGAUGCACGCUGGUGGUAGCAUCAUGUUCAGAGUUACCCUUGGCCUUUUUGUUGCUUCCUGGACUUUUAGUUGAUGGUCUCCUCUGAGCAGAGUCAAGGCUCGGUCAUGUUCUUUCCAUUUUGUAAUAAUGGAUUUAAUUUCUCUGAGGUUUCUUCUUUAGUGUUUUGAUGUCAUGUGUGAUUGUCGCUGGGAGUUCUUAUUAAACUGGUCGUUCAGCUGGUCGGAAAGUCACUCACUCACACACACACACACACACACACACACACACACACACACACACAGCCUGUACUUGUUCUUUGCACAGAUGUUUGUCAGUGGUCUCCGCCCUUGCCCAGACGUCUGCUCCGUCAUUGUACAUGUGAUUUGAUUGUGAACACACAUGCUUCCUUACACAACUGUGUUCUCUCUCUCUCUCUCUCUCUCUCUCUCUCUCACACACACACACACACACACACACAUUAAUCUCUGUCUCUCUCCUCAAGCUUCUGCCUUAAAAUGUUUAUUUAGAAACUUGUAAGCAAAGUCGUCACAUCGCAAGUCACUGCUGUUACUGUAAAUGUUAUGAAGAGGUGCAACAAGAUGACAUCAUUAAAUAAAUGCCUGCCAAACACACACACACACACACACACACACACACACACACACACAGUCAUGGAGCGACUGGAAAACACUCAUCAUUUAUUCCAAACAUCACCUCAGCCAGUGUUUUGUAAUUCAGUACAGUAUAUACGCGUAUAGGUGUCUAUUUCCUCACGUAUCUCCUAAAUUAGGGCCCUAGAUAGGGCACAGAGUGCACACUUCUCUAAAAUAAGUGGGGGCAUAUUUUUAUUUGUAUUUAUGCAUAUUGUUAUCAAGGUAAGAUCCUGUGAUUUUGGGCGUGUCAGUUCUUUUCACAUUUUCACAUCAAUGUCAGCUUUAAGCUCCACCCACGUCAUGUCAUAUAUCCCCGAAAGGCGCGUUUUUGUGGCAUUAUAACAUCCACAUCAGUUUCCUUCAUAAACCACACAUUAAACCACAUCAAAAAAUUUUAACACAGUUUACCUCAGAAUAUUUUUUCUAUAUUUUAUAUUCAGAACAAAAAAAAAAGAAUCUCAGU